UCGCUUUUGAUUUCUUCAACUCUGACCUCUUCUCGGUGCUCCGAGAUGGUUUCCUGGCUGCCGUCUCUCUCACCAAAGUCAAUUCCCCUUCACUUACCUUCGGCGCUAACCGUGCGGCACGUUUUGUAUGGCGUGCUCAUAGGUUUUUCUCUUUCAGUCACGUCUACGUCGCUCGCGCUCUACUUCCAGCAGAGGAAGCGUGAGAGGCUGCAAGACCAGUUCGAGCCGAGACCCAUUGAGAUACGAAUUGAUGAAGUGGUCGAUGGUGUCGCUGGGCUAAUAGGCAACACUCCGCUGGUCCGGAUCAAAUCGUUAAGCGAUGCGUUAGGAGUGGAGAUUCUCGGUAAGGCGGAGUAUAUGAAUCCAGGGGGUAGUGUCAAGGAUCGGGUCGCAUUGAGAAUCAUUGAGGACGCAGAGCGGCAGGGCUUACUUUAUCCACACACUGCUUCUCGCAUCUUUGAAGGCACUGUUGGCUCUACCGGCAUCUCCAUCGCCACCAUUGCGAAAGCGAGAGGCUAUGACGCGACGAUCAUCAUGCCGGACGAUGUCGCGGACGAAAAAGUGAAGGCCUUACAGGCUUUGGGCGCAGAUGUUGAACGCGUCCGGCCGGCAAGCAUCGUUGACAAGAAGCAGUUUGUGAAUCUCGCUCGCGAAAGGGCUGCUCAUUUUGGCCAGGACUCCAUAUCAUCGCACUCUGCCAUCCUUCAGGAGUCGUCGUCCGUAGUAGUGACUACGACCGCCGGCGAUAUUAUCGCACCAGAUCAUGGUGUGAUGACUGUACAAGACCAGGAUGAGCUGAGGAGCAAGCCCCGCGGCUUCUUCGCCGACCAGUUCGAGAAUAGUAGCAAUUAUGCCGCCCAUUUCGACGGCACGGGCCCGGAGAUCUGGAGACAGACAAACGGCCGAGUCGAUGCGUUCAUCUCCGGGGCGGGAACUGGUGGAACUAUCUCUGGCAUCGGACAGUACCUCAAGUCUAUGAACGAAGACGUCGUGGUCGUGCUCUCAGACCCGGAGGGGAGCGGCCUGUACAACAAGGUCAAGUACGGAGUUAUGUUUGACCAGAAAGAAGCCGAAGGCACCAAGAGGAGGCACCAGGUCGAUACCGUGGUUGAGGGCAUAGGCAUCAAUCGUCUUACGAAGAACAUGGACUACGGUCUGUCCAUCAUCAGCGAUGCUUUCCGGAUAACCGACGCAGAAGCAGUCGCCAUGUCGAGGUACAUCGUACAGCACGAUGGCCUUUUCCUGGGCUCUAGUAGCGCAUGCAACCUCGUUGCGUGCAUCAAGCUGGUGAAAAAGAUGGGCUGGAAAGAAGGGCAGCGGAUCGUGACCAUCUUGUGCGACUCCGGAAAUAGGCAUUACUCGAAGGUGCGUUUGGUCUUGCCGAACGAUGACUAUCUCCAUCGGACGGACAUCCCCAUCGACUCCAAAAUCAUCGACGAUCUUCUCACUGCUCCAGGAGCCUCGACGUAGCCUAUACAGCUCCCUAAAGAGAUAGUACAACUAUAUUCAAAGCACAGCGGAUAAGGUACAGACGAUAAUGCGAUGGAUGGUAUAUAGAUACAGGAAUGCGUGUGGAGAGAAUGAGGAAGACAUGCAUAAAGACAGUGAGUGCACGGUGUAAUGAGAGAGUUGGGUAGCGCAGCGUCAGCCCGGUCGCCCCAGCGCGCUGGACGUGCCCGGCAAUAUCGACGAAAAUGAGGCGGAAGGCGUGAGGCCCGGCGGUGCCGGCGUGAACGCGGCCUUGGGUGACUUGAGCUGCGACUCUUUGCUCAGAGACGCGCUGAUCGAGGGGGUGGCGGAGACGCGGUUCCUGCUUC